AUGGAACGUCGUCCUCACAUGACGCCAUCCCACACUUCAACCUCCAAGACCACCAACCACCACCACCUCCAGCUACCAAAACUUCCUCCUUCACAAUCGCAUGACCGACACAAGCUCGGAAAUGGGGGCAAAACCAGCCACAAUGCCGACCGCACCCCCAUCGCGCCCCCCCACUACCUACCUCGACGACGAGGACCUCAGCGUGAAAUGCUGCACCCCAAUCACGUCGCUCGUAGCGCCAGUAGAAGUCGGCAACAUAGGGUCCGGGCGCGCCGGAACAUCGGCCUUCUUCGCAUGGCCGCUCCUCGGCCCGCUCCUCUUUGA